AUGGUGCCCUCGCGAAAGGCCACUGUCAUCUGCGGGAGUAAGUGUGAGGAUGUAUUCAGUCACGCCAGCCCUCAGCUACUUAAGAAGCGUGAACAACCCGCGCUCUUCGCGCCCAACUACAGCACACCCUCUUCUCUCCAAAUCCAGGGCAGGUCCGGGCAGAACAGGAAGCCCGAGGCGCACCCCCGCGUGGAGAGCGUGGGGCAGCCGGCCUCCACGACCCCUCCUCACUGCCGCACAUCUGGAGGGCGGGGGCUAGGCAGAAAGAGUGAAGGCACGUGCCUGAAGCGUGUGCCUGAAGGUUCCCUCUACCCCUGUGUCAUUCAACACUCCAGGGAGAGACUCAAGAGGCUCUCUGAGGGCAUGGGGGUAACACCAAUGGGUUCCCCUAACUUUUAUUGUGCCGAGGCCGCGCGUGUCUGGGAAUCCGCGGGUGCCCGGGGCCGGAGCCCGGCGGCUGGGGCUGCGUGGAGGGGCGGCGGGGGGGAGGGCCGAGCCGGGGCGAGGAGCCGGGGUGCGGCGAGCGCCGUCUCCGUGGUGGGCUGGAAAAUGUCACGGGUGCCAGGCGGCGUCCGCGACUGUCUUAUUUAUGACUCGGGGUCUCGCGAAGGGACGGGCGCUCGCUUGUCCUUCCUCCACACACUGCCUUCGGCGCCCGGGCCUCUGGGGUCGGUGGUUACGGUUUUCCCUGGAGAGCAGGAUGUGGUUUGGAGGGGGAAAGGUGCUGCACGUUCUAGAACCCGGGUCUGCCCGAGCGGCUCUGGCGUCGCUGGUUCGAAAGCAGCCUCCGGCUCCCCUGAAAGGAGGGGAGAGCGGAGCCCCGAAGGACGGGGGACACUCCGGCGGCGGACGGCUCUUCCGCACCGAGGUCCAGAGCCGGGUGGAGGCCUCCAGCCUGCGGGACGCGGGGGCGCCCACGUGAGGCCCGGCUCCCGCGGACCCCGCGGGGAAGGUGCAGGCCCGGGGAGAGGCCGCGCGGGUCUCGGCGGGGUGCCUGCGGGGGCGGGGCGGGGCGGGGGCGCUCGUCCCCGCACUGGGCCCUGGCGGUCCGCGGGGAGACAGGUUGGGGCUGGAGCGUCCCCCUCAGAGAGCCGACCUGCGGGCCUCCCCCGGGUCCAACAGGCAGCGGUGCGGGGGCCGCGGCCUGGGCGGGCGGGGGCGGGGCGGCGCCGCGCGCGGGUUCCCGUCCCCAAAGUUGUUUCACUGUGGCGACGGGCGGCCCCGGCGGCGCGGCGCGGGCUGCGGCCCCCCACCCACCCCGCGCGGCCCCCGGGGCAGAGGCCGCGGCGACAAUUAGGAAGUCACUCGGGCCGCUGGGAGGGGGCGGCGGGUCUGCGGGUGUCGACCCGCCGGGGUGGUGGGGUGGGGGAGGCCCGGCGGUCCUCGGCGCCCUCCGCCCCGCGGGACCCCCCCACCCCCCGCCGCUCCGAGCGAGCGUCGAGACCGAACGCGGCGGGGGGGAGAAACGGGGGGGGGGGGCGGGGGGGGGGGGACGCGACCACGACCGCGGCGGAGGUCCACGGCGAGGGUGACGGCCCCGAGCCGGCCCGGGCGUCCCCGCCUCUGCUGCUCCUGCCCCACGGGUGGGGGGCUCGGACGGCGGCCCCCGGGGGCGGGGGGCCCGGCCCCCGCGGCGCCCCGGCCCGGCUCGGGGUGCCCCGCCCCCCGCCCCCGCCCGCAGACCUGACUGGCACGCGCCGGGCGCCCCGGCCCGGGCCCCUCGGCGCGUCUGAUUGGCUGCGGGGCCGCUGCCGUCGGCCGGGCCCGCGCCCUCAUUGGGCGGGAGGCGCAGCCAGCGCCACUUCAAAGCGGCCGCUCGCCGCACUUAGGCUGAGUUUGGCCGGCGGGAGCCCGGAGUCCGCUCGGCGCGAGCGAGCGAGCGAGCGCGGGACGCGGGAGCCGAGCGCGCGGGAGCCGAGCCGCGCCGCGCCGCGCCGCCGCGGCGAGGCGCGGGGGGCGGCGGGCGGGCGCCAGGCCGAGCCGAGCGGAGCCCCCACCCCGGCCGGUGGCCGCCGCCGCCGAGCCGCGCGCCCCCCUCCGCCCGCCCUCCGCGCCCGGACGAGGACCCGACGCCGGGGCCGCGGACAAAAGCGAACCGGGGUCCGAGCUGCACCCCCGCGCGCUCCCACGCACACACGGGAGCCCCGCGGCCGCCGGAACGCACCCCCGCAGCCAUCCUCACAAACUUCUCCAGAGAAGAGCAAUACACAGAAACGCCCCCUCCCCGCACCGCCGCCCAGCCCCUCCGGCAUCCUCUGCCCUCUCCUCAAAAACAAAAAGAAAAACAACACAAAAACUAGCCACCGCCUGGAAAAGGACUGUCAGAACUUUGGGACGAGAACAGACGAGACCUAUAAAAACGGACCCUGCAGAUCAAAGGGCCUGGCCGCGCAGGUCUCGCUCCGGGAGGGGCGCCCUCCGCAGGCCAGUGAUCAAGGCCUGUGCGCGCUGCCCCUGCCCCACGGGUCAGCCGACGUCCAUCACCGCGGCUCCGAGAACCGCGGGCGGCAGCCCAGGCCCCGGCGCCUGGCCACGCAGCGCGCGCCCGGGAGCCGACCCAGGGAGGGCCCGGCCCCGGCCGGAGCCCCGCCGCGCGAACCGCGCCCGCCCCGCGGCCCCCCCCCCCCCGCGCCGCCCCCCGCCGGGGCCCCCCCGCCCCCCCCCCCCCCCCCCCCCCCCGGCGCCACGCGUCCCCGGGGCGCAGAGAGCCUUGACCCCGGCGGGUGGCGACCGGCGGGCGGAUCGAGGCGAGCGUGCACCGCAGGCGAGGCCCCUCGGCCGGGGCUCCCCGGGGCCGCCUCCGCCCUCCCGCGGCUCGCGCCUAACGGGGUCGAGCCGGUGGGGCGCCGCAGCUGGGGUCCCGGCUGGGGAGGAAGGCGGCGGCCUGGAGGCGGAUUUGUGGAGUCGGGGCUGGGAGCUGGGGCCGGCCCCCGCCGGGGCGAGGGGAAAGGCCGCUCGCUGCAGCCAGCUCCCAGGGAUUUCUGCUCUCCAGCUCCCGCGCGCCAGAGGAGCCGAGAGCGCCUUGGCUGGGCCUGGGCCUCCCUGGCCCCAAUCCACACCCUCCCCGGGGCUUUCCUGCUGCAUUCACCCCCACCUCUUGGAGCGUGGGGCGAGCGCGGCUCUCGGGCGCCACCUAGAGCUUCUGCGUGGGAGGCCCGCGCCGCCGGCCUGGCGCGCUCGGCGACCGGCGCUCCGGGGAGACCCGCUGCGGUCGCCAACUCCGACAGCCCGGGAGCCCGGCGGACGGAAGCGAGGUCUCGCACUCCCGCUGGGGCCGCGGCCCGUUCGGAGGGGACCCCGCCUCGCGGCGGCGCCGGGGGACGGGGCUCGCGCCCGGAACCCGCUCACCGAGGGAGCCGAGCAAAGCGCACGACACCCUGCUCGGUCUUCGCCUUCCUCUGCAUUGUCUCCCCCGGCGCUCUUCCCCUAGGCGGUUUCAGGGUGCUCCAGCCCUCGCCGGUUAAAGGAGCUGAGCGCCGGCGGCGGCGCUGGCGGCUCGGGCCCGGGAUGGAGAGUCCCCGCGGUGGGCGCAGCUUGCCUCGCCCUGCGGGAGCCGGGGCCACGGGGACCCGCGUGGUCUAG